AUGGAAGCACUUGUUCGACUCAUACUUAUUGCCGGUGUUUGCUGCUCGUUGGGAGCGCUGUGGUACACGAGACGCAAGCGGACGGUGAUCUACCCCGACCUUCCUUUCGCCUCGCUCGACGACAAGGAGGUUGGCGAUCCUGAUGUCUGCCGCAUGCAGUUUAUGGCCGAUUGUAAUGGACUGUUGAAAAAGGGCUCUGAGAAGUUCAAUGGACCAUUCCAGGUGUAUACAGGCGAUGGCCGGCGUAUCGUACUCCCGAACUCAUUUGCAGAUGAGAUACGCGACAAUGAGAACAUGAGUUUUGGUGAAUCUGCGAUAGAGGGCACUUUUAAUACCUUGUCAGGGUUCGAACCCUUCGGCCUCGCUGUCCAUCAAGGUGUUAUGAGAGAUGUUGUCAGACUCAAGCUCACCAGAUCCCUGGACGCUAUUACUCCAGAGCUUCGUGACGAAGCUCGACAGUCCGUGGACAUCAUCCUGGGUAAAGACCAAGGUAAAUCCUCGUUGCGCCCAGAACGGAAGAGCCUUGACCUAACUCCAUUGACAGAGUGGAAGGAAAUGAGUCUAAAAGACAUCAAUGCUCGUCUUAUUGCACGGCUUUCCAGUCGCAUUUUCUUCGGUGCCGGGGUCUCCAACAAUGACGAGUACCUCGACGCCACGAUAUCCUAUACGAUGGACUCAUUCAUGGCUCAUCGUAUUCUGCGUACAUGGAAACCUUGGCUUCGUCCAUUCGUGCACUGGUUCAUUCCUGAGUGCCAAAGGGUCAGACAGCUUCGAAAGACGAUCCGAGACAUUAUCUCACCCGUCAUCAAGCAACAAGAGCAGGAACGCCGCAACAGGUCCGAUACAAAAGUGAAAGUCUCCGAUAUGCUUGGCUGGCUCGAGGAAAUAGCAAGUCGUAAGAAUACGACUGUCCCUGUGGCGGAUGCACAGCUUUUCCUUGCCUUUGCCGCCAUCCACACCACUACUGAGAACCUGACCUACGUUCUCCUUGACAUUGUUGACUGUCCAGGACUGAUCGAUAGGCUGAGAGACGAGAUUGUUGAAGUUCUUAGCACUCAUACCUGGACUAAAACCACUUUUGGGCAGAUGAAGCUUUUGGACUCGGUCUUGAAAGAGAGUCAACGCUUACAUCCUGUCAGUGCUAUUAUGAUGGAACGAAAGGUGCUGGCACCGGUCACGCUCUCCAAUGGCCUGACUCUGCCUGCAGGGUCGGACACAUUCCUCGACACCCUUGUCCACCGUUCCCCAGAGAUCUACCCAGACGCGGACAAGUUCAUCCCGGAUCGAUUCAUGAAGCUGAGAGAGAUUGAUACGGUUGCCAACAGCAAAUGGCAAUUUGUAUCGACGUCUGCGCAACAUCUUGGCUUCGGUCAUGGUCGAAACUCAUGCCCUGGCAGAUUCUUUGCUAGCAACGAGCUCAAAAUUGCUCUCGUGUACUUACUGAUCGGCUACGACUGGAAGUAUCCUGAAGGCGGACGCGUUCCUGAAAUGCGGAUGGGUCAAGGUGCUUGGGUGCCGGCAGAGCAAAAGAUCAUGUUCAAGAGAACGGCGGGCGCCAACGAUUCUUUGUUAUAG